AUGGCGCUCGUGCGGAGUAUCGUGCUCCAGCGGCUCCAGGAGGAGUUCCCGCGCACCCUGGACAGCGUGAAAUGGUCCUACAGCGGCGCGGACCUGGACGCGCGCAGCGUCGGCACGCGGGAGAUCGACGUCGACGUGGCGCGGCGCGACGGCGGCGAACUCGUCGAGAGCUGCCUGCGGGUCGUCUACGACGUCGCGGACACCGACGAGUGCGCGACGCACGACGCCGCCUGGCGGCAUCGCUGCGACGCCUCCGCCGCCUGCGCGAACACGGUCGGCGGCGACGACCAGCGUCCCGUGGCCGUGACGAUUUUCGAGAGAUGCUACGACUGCGCGUGCCGUGGCGCCGCCUUCGGCGUGCGCGCGCCGGGCUCCCCCGCGGAGCUCUGCUGGGGCCACGCGGACACGAAGGAGUGCUGCGCGGGCGACGACUGCCGCGGCGCGUUCAAAUGCGCGAGCGACCCCUGCGCGGCCGGCGGCCGGGACGUGUGCCCGCCGGACCGGAGCUGCGUGCCCGGGGGCGCGCCGCCGAGCGCCCUCUGGUCGCCGACGGUCGCGUCGCGCGUCUCGCUGCGGGGCGGCUUCCGGUGCGUCUGCGCGGACGGCGUCCCCGAGGACGCCCUGGGCCGCUGCUCGCGGCCCGACGCCUGCGACGACGUCGCGUGCCCGAAGCACUGCCGCUGCGUCGCCGGCGCCGCGGGCGCGACCUGCGCGCCCGAGCUGGGCUACGCCAAGGUCGACGACGGCGCCGGCGGCGAGCUCUGCGUCGACGCCGCGGCGCCGCGGCUCGGCCUCCUCGGCGACGCCGUCGUGCGGCUGCGGCAGGGCGACUCCUACGUCGAGGCGGGCGUCGCGGGCGUCGACGACCGCGGCGGCGACUCGCGGCGCAUCUCGACGUCCGUGGCCUUCCCCGACGGCCCGCUCGGCGCGUGCCUGCCCCGCGUGGGCACCUUCGUCGUCGCCUACGCCGUCGACGCGCCCUGGCUCGACGGGUCGCGCUGGGCCAUGAACCGGACCGUCGUCGUCGACGACGUCAACGAGUGCGUCUACGCGGGGCCCUGCGCCAGGUUCCGCCACGCCUGCGCGCCGACGGCCGUCUGCCGGAACACGCGCGGCGCCUACGCCUGCGACUGCGCCGACGGCGCCGCGGGCGACGGCAAGCUCGGCGGCACGGGCUGCGCGGACGCACGGCCGCCGGUGCUCUCCUGCGCGGGCGCGGGCUGCGCCCCGCGGCGCUUCCGCGCGGCGAACGUGAGGGGCCUCGCGUCCGUCGACGGGGCCUACGCGUCCAUCGCGGACACGGGCGGUCUGACGUUCGCGGCCGACGAGAUUCUGGCGCUACACGCGCGCGGGGCCGCGGACGGGUCCGACCCCUUCUGCGAGACCGCGAAUCCGUGCUUCGCGGCGCACGACCUCGUGCCCGUCGACGGCCGCAGCAGGCGGCGCCACGACCUCUCGCACCGCGUGCGCAUCGGCGCCAUCGAGCGGCGGCCCGAGCUCGAGACGAGCGAGCGCGCGCACUUUCGCGUCGAGUACGUCGUCGCCGACGCCGACGGCAACGAGGCGCGCGCGACGCGCGACGUCGUCGUCGAGUCCAUCUCCGACGCCGUGCGCGCGCAGCUCCUCUCCGGCGACGUCGUCUUCGCGUGCUCGCGCCGCGCGCUCCUCGCGGCGGUCGCGGCCGGCGCGCUCGUCGCCGCGGCGCUGCUCCUCGGCGGCGCGUCGCCUCUGUGCCUCGCGGCCUACGCGUGCUCGCCGGUCCUGCCGCCCGACGUCGCGCUCGCGCUCAUCGGCGGGCGCCCGGCCUUCCUCCGGGCCGCGGACGCGUGGUACCUCCUCUCGCGGUGCGGGCGCCUCGACCGCCACGACCGCCUCGCGCGGGGCCUCCGGGACUUCAUCGCGCUCACGAACGCCGCGUCGUAA